AUGGACAACAAUAACGUCUACCUUUUUUACCCGAACCUUAUCGGUUAUGGAAGGAUCAUCUUGGCGAUCGCCUCCUUUUGGUACAUGUCCACAUCGCCAGUCUGUGCCAUGUUUUGGUAAUUUUGCAUCAAAGAAAGAAUAUAAUGGAAAAAAUGUUCAGUUAUGCUCUGAGCGCCGCCCUGGACGCUUUCGACGGUUGGGCGGCCCGAACUUACAACCAAUCGAGCCGUUUCGGAGCCAUGUUGGACCAGUUGACGGAUCGUUGUGCUCUGUUGGCUCUGGUCAUGGCCCUGUGCAAGUUCUAUCCCAACUGGCUUUUCUCUCUUCAGGUUUUUAUCUUCUCUCAAAGCUUAAUUGUCGUUUUUUCUGUGUAACUUUUCAACCAGCUAAAAGGAAAAAUCGUUUUUUUGCGGUUUGAAAAAAAAUUCCAUGCGGGUUUUAGUGUUUCUUUUGCAGAGUAUGUGCCUUCAGGGGCGUUUUUCAUGCCGUGUUCAAAUUAAUUUCCGCGAAAGUCAACUUAUCUCUGACUCUCCGUAAUCUAGUUAUCUUUCUCGUUCUCUGACAGUUUAUUUCAAUCUGAUGGGACCAAUUUAAAAACGGCCGCAGAGAUUACAAGAUCCAACAUAGGAUUAGUAGGAAGGACCCUUUACGGGCCUUUUGAACGUCCGUUAUGGAUCAAAAGGUUUCCAUAAAUUUGGCUACGCUUUCCAUUUUACUGCCUUUUUCCGUCCUUUCAUCGGCCUUUAUCCACCCAGCGGCCAUUUUGCAGUAACUCCCUUUUUGAACCCGUUUUCCGCCCUUCCGACUUCGAUAGUGAGCUAGAGAAACCUUCACGGAAAUAGAAGAAAAAGUCACGUUUCCCUUCAAUUUUAAUCUCAUUUCUUCAGAUGACUGCCGUGAUCGACAUCGCCUCCCAUUGGCUCCAUCUCCACGCCACUGAUCUCACGAAACAAACUUCGCACAAGCAAAGCUCCAACCCGAUCCUUCAUCUCUACUACACGGAUCGUCUUUUCCUUGGUUUCAUGUGCGCCGGAAACGAAGCCUUCUAUUUGUUCUUGUACAUUCGCGCCUUCUUCCCGGGUCAGUUUCAGGAAAAAAGUUAUUUAAAAUCAAAAAAGGCUUGAAACUUCAUUUUUGCUUUGUUUCAUAACAUGUUCUAUUUGGGUUUUGCUUUCAAUUUAUUUAAAUUUUGUUCAUAAAAAAAAGCUACAAAAUAAGGAUAGGCUACAGUAUAAAUAUGAGUUUUUAAAAAAAAAAUUUUUAAAUAAUGACAAAAGAAAAAUGCAGUAGAAUAGCGAUUAACGGUAAUUAGUCCAUGCUAACAAGUAGAUUUUCAUUUUUCUUUUUUUCAGGCCCAACAAUCCUCGGAGCGCACCUGAUGUCCUACCUGGCCGCGAUCGCUUUCCCAAUCGCGUUUGUCAAGGCGGCCAUCAGCCUCGUUCACCUGUUCAGCGCCGCCCAGACGGUCGUCAGCCAUGAUAUCGCCUUGAGAAUCAAUAGCCCACCCAAAAAAGAAUAA